UCGCUGAGAGUGGGGAGAAUGUGGGACCCCCUGUCCCCACACCCCCAAAGGUGAAUAGUUUGGAUCCGUUGAAACAGAGAAGUUGGAUAAACAAACACACGAGGGAGAGGGCGGGUUGGAAUUAGAUAGUGAUGGGGGUGAGUUGGGGAAGAGCCGUGGAGCAGAAACUGCCAGGACAGAGAAGCUGGGCUGAAUGGUUCGUUUGUGAGCUGGAACAUCAUGUGACAGGUUCUGGAGGGAGUUUAAAUCAAGCUCAGAGUUACUACUGACACACACAGCGAGCCAUGAUGUCAAUGACGGUCGAUCCCGACUUGAAAACGCGGGAGGAGAAGGAUGCGGAGCUGGACCGGAGAAUUGAAGCUCUGCGAAAGAAGAACGAGGCGCUAAUGAAGAGACAUCAGGAAAUUGAAGAAGAUCGGAAAAAGGCGGAACAGGAUGGUGUGUCUGUGACCAAUAGGAAACCCAAACAUGAGGCAGAACACGACCGCAAGUGGGGGGCAAAAGAGAGUGUGAUGGGUGUCAGUGACCUGAGUAAAUCAUCAGUCGAGAAGCGAUCCGUGAACAAUAAAAAGAUGGUGAACUCUCCCCGGGGAUCUGUGGACUCUCCUGGGAGACGGCCUGGGACGUCUGGUCCCAGGCAGGAGGCUACAGACCGGGGCAGCCAACAGCACUCCCCGGGCAACAGGGCCGACAGGAUGACGUGGGGCGAUCAGGUGUACAGGAGCCCCCGCAAGAUCGGUGGACACGAGAGCCCGAGCGGAGAGAGACAAGGUCGGGGAGAGCUGGGGGGACGUGCCAGAAGAGGUCGUGCAGGGGGAGGUGGUCCUGAUGGCGCAGGCCGUGGAUUAGGCAGUGCCUCUCAGCAGGAGAGGCGAGUCAAGGAAUGGGAGGAAAAGCGAAGACAGAACAUUGAGAAAAUGAAUGAAGAAAUGGAGAAGAUCGCUGAAUACGAAAGGAGCCAGAUGGACGGAUCUGGUGAGAAGAACCCUGUGCGGAACUUUCUGGAUGACCCGCGGCGUUUGGGGUCCCUCCCUGACGGCGACCGUAAAGAUGGCAGCCGGCGGCACGUCCGGAAUUGGGGCGGUCCCAACUUCGAGAAGGUGAAAACCGGAUUGGACCGCGGUGACAAGGACUGGCAGGGCAGAUGGUCAAGCACCAAGGGUUCUGUUGACAUGACAAUGUCAAUGACUGGUCGAGAGAGGGCGGAGUAUGUGCGCUGGAAGAAGGAGCGAGAGCAGAUCGACCAGGAGAGGCUUGAGCGGCACCGCAAUGCAAUGGGACAAUGGAGACGAGAGUGGGACGCUGAGAAGACUGAAUCCAUGUUCAAAGAAACCCCAGUUCCCACCGUGAGUGCUGAAGGUCGCAGCGUGCGAGGAAUGAGGAAUUUUAAGAGAUUAAAUCUGACUGCCAAGCACACAGAUGACCGCCGCCCUCCAAAGCUGCCAACAAUUUCAGACUACAUUCCUGCAGCCAAAACUAAGGAUCUCAAGAGAGGGAGAGAGAAACGGGAAAAUAAAAGUUACAACAUGCACGACAAUCGAUGGGAAAUGCGUGAAGCCGAACGUGAGCAGAAGCAAAUAGUUGAACAGCAAAAGGAAGAGGAGCUUAAAAAACCUGCUCAAGUUCGGAGCGAGGAGAAGGUGGAUGUGGGUGAACCUCCCGCAGAUGAUGAGGUGGAUGAUGAAGAUGAAUGGGAAGAUGCUAGUGAUGAUGAGGAGGAAAUAGUGGGGGAAGAUGUGUCGGACAGUGAGGAUGAACUGAAGGAGACAAAGGAGCUUGAGGAGAAUGAGAAGAAAGAUGUUGCAGGAAUAACGGAGGAAGUGGCGAAGGGAGCUGAGAUGGUGCAGUCCCCCAGCCGAAGCCCGGAGGUCAGUGCCGAAGAGCAACAAGCUAGGAAGUCAAGAGAAACACCCAAACUUCACAUUCCUCCUAAUGAUGUGACUGUGCAGCCUAAGGAAUCCGAAUGCAAGCCACUGAGUCCGUUCUCACUCUAUGAGUACCACCCGGUGAAGGACUGGGCGGAGGAAAUGGAAACAACAUCACCAAGAACCAGUUUGGAGCAGAAUCCCUUGCAAGCAGUUAAUACCACAAAGGAGGAGCAGAAAGUGGAGGUCCUGUCUGGGGACAUCCCCGUCGCCGAUGAGUUGGAUUUAGAGGCAGGCAAGGAGCAGGAGGCAGUGACAGAGCAGGUAUCUCUGCAGAACGUCAGUGGAAGCAGUAAUCCUGCUGAUGAAAUCCUGAAAGAGCAAGAGGAACUGGAGAUUGAAAAGACCAGAGACACUGCCACCAUUGUGGUUACAGCAGAAAAGCAGCUUGAACAGCCGGUCAUCAAUCAGCAAACAGGGGAUGUUUUGGAAUCAGCCACAAGGACAGCACAGAGGACAGAUUGUGUGGAAGGAAAUGAGCCCAGCUCAGGUGCUGUUAAAAUCACUAGCUACGAGACAGUUUGCUUUCAUAAAGCUCCUCUGACUCUGGGCUAAGCUCACCCUUGAGCGUGCUGUCUAACCUCCAAGCCUUGCUUAAUCAGACUAGACAAUGCACUUAACAGCUCUAGCCUCUUACAGGCCUGAGCAAAGGACAAGCACUAACCAGCUCCACGAUACUAACAUCACUAUCCCAGCCGCUGAAGUACUGGGUGGAGGGACUGGGACUCGGUUUGAGACAGAACUCAAGACUGUUACUCUGAACAGUGACUCCUGCUGUCCACUCUUCUUCAAAUCUGUUCUCUCUCCCUCUGCACUGUCUCAGGAAAAAAUGGCCUGCACCUGUUUCAGCUCUCUGCCCUUUCCUGCACUUCUUUCGUAUCGCUGAACAAGGGAAAUUUUCGAAGAAAUGACUGCGGUUUCUGUCUUUUGGUGUUAGCCACCCAUGUGUUUGAUUUUUGGAUGUUUGGAUCUCUCAUUGUAAAUAAGCCAGAUAACUAAUUUUGAACUUUUUUUUUACUCUACGGUGAGAAAUAGCCUGGUGUUAUUGUCAAAACAAAUGUGCAAUUUGAACUAUGAUCCUCUUUACCUUGCCCUCAUCCUCUCUUCAGUCCAAUUUUGAUCUUGACUACAAGGUGACUGAGCCCUACUGGAAGUGGCACACGGGAGAAGCUAUUUAAAGCCAUGGACGCAUUGGGCCACAAUAUCCGUAGAGAACGCUAGAAACUUGUAAAUGAAUUUACCCUUUGUGUUUUUGUUAGGAUCAGGCAGUCAAACUUGGAAUAGUCGAUAAAUGUUUACUAUUGGUGUUUUUUUUCCUGUCCUUUAUCAAUUGUAGUUUCACUUUUUUUUAGCUGCAAAGUUGUUCCAGUCAUUUUUUUUAGAUAUGUCCAGGAAGUUUGUCUUGUUGUGUACACAGAUGUAGACUUUUUAUACAUAUUUUGCGCCCUCUUAUGCCAUGCUAUAUGAACACAGAGGUACUAAUGGUGUAAUGACUCAAACUGUAUUGUUCUUGAAUUUUCCAUCAAAUGUAGUGUUUACCAGACACAGUAGUUUUUAAUCCAUUGCGGGGUUUGCUGAUGCCCAAGAUAUUUUUCAUCCUUGCCACCAUUUGGGCCUCGCCCAGGCACUCACUCGUUUUAAUAGAUUUUCACUAUUACUAUCCAGUGUUCCUGAUCUCCAUACUAUUCUAUCACCGCAGACUACUACAUAGACUAGGGGCAGCACGGUGGCUCAGUGGUUAGCACUGCAGCCUCACAGCGCCAGGGACCUGGUUUCGAUUCCAGCCUCGGGCGACUGUCUGUGUGGACUUUGCAUGUUCUCUCCAUGUCUGCAUGGGUUUCCUCUGGGUGCUCCAGUUUUUACACUCAGUCCAAAGAUGUGCAGGUUAGUUGGAUUGGCAGUGCUAAAUUGCCCCAUAGUGUCCAGCAAUGUGCAGUCUAGGUGAGUUAGCCAUAGGAAAUGCAGGGGUUACAGGAAUAGGGUAGGGGAGUGAGUCUGGUGGAAUGCUGUGAUUGCAGAUGCUGGAAGUCCAAGUUGGUAAAAUGUGGAGCUGGAGAACACAGCAGGUCAGACAGCAUCAGAGUAGGAAAGUUGACAUUUUGAGUCAGGACCUUUUUCAUCUCUGACCUGCCAUGCUCCUCCAACUGCACAUUUGCUGUUUGGAGGAUCAGUGUGGACUAGAUGGGCUGAAUGGCCUGCUUCUUUGCAUAGAAUCUAUGAAGGGGCAUGCGUUUGUGUAACACCCCUUUGUCCUUUGCAACUAGUAAGGUAACUUUUUUGAAGUGUAGAUACUGUUUACAAUGCAGCAAACAGCUAAUUCAUGCAGUCCAAACUCAAGAUUCAGUUAUUUUAAGUUUAUUAACUUUAGUGAUCAUCAAGGAAUAAAGAUAGGCCACCUUACUGGGAAGUGCAUUUCUACAGAAUAAUGCCCUGAGGUAUAUUGCAUUUCUCUGGAAGGCCAACCAGGGUGCCUCAUUUUAGCAUCACUUGCACGAGGUAGCACGCCACAGUGCAGAACUCCCUCAGUAUGACACUGGUGUGUCAAUCGCUGGGGCGGGACUUGAACACAUGACCUUCUGAGCCACAGAUACACUGUGUGGUAGUGCUUGAGAUUUAUUUAGUUUGUGUAGUGCUCACCUGUGAGCGGUUGCUAAGAUUUGACAGGAGGGCAGAGCUGGUUGCUACAUUCAAUGCAGAAUUUCUGAUUCCCAUCCAGGAAAUAUUAAUGUGAAUGCAGGUGGUAUUAGGACUCCAAAUGGGGACUGGACCAGAACUGACUAUUAAUAUCCCAAUUUGUUGACAGUUAAGGGUUUAAUAUUAUCCACAAAAGAGUUUUUUCAGUCUCAUCAGUAUUAACUGCACAGCCAAAAGUAAAGAAUUAAGUGUAAGACAUGGAAUAUUUUUGUAUUUUUUAAUCUUAAAAUCUAUAUGACUCCCAUUGGGUGGGAGGCAUUGUUACACUGGGGUUGUGGGAAUAUGGGUCUCUGGUAUAUUGGAUAAAAUUGUCAACAGUCACACAGACAACUUUGUAAAGCUUCUGGAUGUUUUAAGGAAAAUUUUUUUUUUCAAGCAUUUCAGAUGUUGAAUUUAUAAAUAUAUAGUCUUUGUAUGUUAGACAGAUCGUGUAGUAACUUUUUAAAAUGCAACAUUGGUACCAGUGGGUCACCAUGCUGAAAUAAGACCAGGGAGGUUUUGGCUCACAACUCUACUGCUUUCUUCAUUUUAUACUCUUCCCCC